CAGCUCUCAUCUGCCUGUAUCCAACGUUCGCUCUCUCCUUCGUAAUCACAUCGCUCCGUUCCUUCUUGUCAACCUAGCAGGUUCCUGCCUCCCCCGCGCGAGUCUCGACCACCAUGGGGUCCGAUCCGCAGUACAUCACCUUCCCCGACCUGACCCUCGCCCAAGAUGUCUUCAACCUCUCCAACUCGUCGUGCUCGCCGGCCGUGCAGAAAAAGUCGCUGAAGAAGCUUCAAGAUGCCAUCUCCGAGCACAAGAUGGCUCCCUUCUAUCGCUUUCUCGCUCACCCCGUCGACGGCAUCCUGAACCCCUCCGGCGAGGGAGUUCCGCAGCAUCCAUCCACCACGGCAAAACCCAUCCUCACAUCCAGCAUGCUGGCUUCCCGGAAGUCGCUGCAGAAGAUCGAUUUCCCCUGGGAUGAAGCUCUCUACCAGUCGUUGCUGGAUGAUAACCAGAAGGAGCUAGAGACCUUUCAGAAGGAAGAAGACGAGGCGGAGGAGGCCGCGGGAGAAACAGAGGUCCUGGCCGCGAGGGGGAAGCGCGCCGAGUUCUGGGCGCGAGUAGGAGACAAGGACAAAUCCAUCGAAUCGCUUGAAGCCCUGCUCGAAAAGACUUCGUUCCUCGGCACAAAGAUCGACAUCGUGCUUGCCAUGAUCCGGAUCGGGCUUUUCUUUGGAGACUCAUUCUCUGUAAAGAAGAAUCUGGAGAGAGCCAACACCUUGGUCGAGAGUGGCGGUGACUGGGACCGGAGGAACCGCCUCAAGGCCUACCGAGGCCUGCAUCUUCUUACCGUCCGUUCCUACAGUGUUGCUGCUCCUCUGCUUCUGGACAGCCUGUCAACCUUUACGAGCUACGAGCUCUGCAGCUACUCGGCGCUGGUGGUCUACUCGGUCCUUGCCGGGUCUCUGGCCCUCAAGCGAGUCGACUUCAAGGCCAAGGUGGUGGAUGCCCCCGAAAUCAAGGCCAUCCUGGGUGAUGGCGAGGACCGUCUUGCUGCCCUGACCGGCAGCGUGUCUGCCGGGCCCUCCGCUCAGGAUGAGGACAUGAAGGAUGCCCCUACGUCGACCGCCACCCCGGGGACAGCCACCACGAUCGUCAACCUCACGACAUUCGGGACCGGCUCUGGGAACCAGGCCGAGAUCGAAACCCCGAUGGACUUUUCACCUCUGUCCAACUUAGUCAACAGCCUCUACAAUGGUAACUACCGCUCAUUUUUCACCGCUCUGGCGGCCGUGGAGGAUCAAUUUCUCACCCAGGACCGCUACCUCCACGAACACCGGGCUUGGUUUGUCCGGGAGAUGCGGCUGCGCGCCUACCAGCAGCUUCUUCAGAGCUACCGGGUGGUCGGUCUGACCAGCAUGGCCAAUGACUUUGGUGUCACCGUCGACUUUUUGGAUCGCGACCUGGCCAAGUUCAUCGCAAGCAACCGGAUAGCAUGCACCAUUGACCGAGUCAACGGGAUCAUCGAGACCAACCGGCCAGAUGACAAGAACAAGCAAUAUGCGGAUGUGGUGAAGCAUGGCGACUCUCUGAUCACAAAGCUGCAGAAGUACGGCCAGGCUGUACGGCUGCGUGGCAGUGAGCGGAGCUGAGUCUUGACGACUUUUUCUCCCCCCCCCCCAAUCCCG